UUAAGCCCCCAUUUUCAGACACUCGUAGACUCAAAGAAAGAGGAGACGCAGAGAGAGAGAGAGAGAGAAAAAGAAAAAAGGAGAAGAGAGAGAGCUUGAAGGCGGGUUUGGCGCGCAGAGCUGUGGUGAAGGAAGGAAACAGACGCCGUGAGUUGCAGAGGGAGAUAGAGGAGAGAGAGCGGCGGACAUUGACGGUCGAAUCGAGGGGAUUGGUCCAGAUUUGAGCGAGGUUUGGUUUCGGAGUCUGAAAUUUGGGGUAUUCGUGAAGCUAGUAGAGGAGACAGAUAGGUCAAAAUUGUAGGUGUGUGAAAGAGACGGGUUAUAUAGUGAGGUUUGAGGCGUAAAACCGAUUUGAGGUGUGUGAGAGAGAUAGGAGUGAUUAGAUUGUUUCAGUGGUUGAAGGAAUCGGGGCUCCGGCGAAUAGAUCUCACGGUGUGUGUGAGAGAGGUGGGAGAUUGAUGAGCCUAGUGUCGCAGAUGAGAGAUCUGUGUUGAAGGGCCUUGAAAAAUGACGUCAUCGGAGGUUUCGAUAAAGGACAACGGAGGAAACCAGAGAGGAGGAGAGAGCUUUUCUUCGGGUUUCAGCGACCACAACGACGGCAGGAAUAAUGCCGCGGAGGGGCAGAACGGUCAUUCCACUGUCCCGGCGGCCGGCAGAGAUGCUGAAACUGCACUCUACACGGAGCUGUGGCACGCCUGCGCCGGGCCGCUCGUGACUGUGCCGCGUGAAGGGGAGCGUGUCUUUUAUUUCCCUCAGGGACACAUCGAGCAGGUGGAGGCGUCGACUAAUCAGGUGGCUGACCAGCAGAUGCCAGUGUAUAAUCUUCCACCGAAGAUACUUUGCAAGGUGAUCAAUGUUCAGUUGAAGGCUGAGCCUGACACGGAUGAGGUAUUUGCGCAAGUGACACUACUUCCUGAGCCAACUCAAGAUGAGAAUGCUGUGGAGAAGGAACCUCCCCCACCUCCGCCGCCAAGAUUUCAAGUACAUUCAUUCUGUAAGACCUUAACAGCCUCAGACACGAGCACUCAUGGAGGAUUUUCUGUUCUAAGGCGGCAUGCGGAUGAAUGCCUUCCACAACUGGACAUGUCUCGUCAACCUCCAACCCAGGAGUUGGUUGCCAAAGAUUUACAUGGAAAUGAGUGGCGCUUCCGACAUAUCUUCCGAGGUCAACCAAGGAGGCAUCUGCUUCAAAGUGGUUGGAGUGUUUUCGUUAGCUCCAAGAGGCUUGUUGCAGGGGAUGCAUUUAUAUUUCUAAGGGGUGAAAAUGGGGAGCUCCGUGUUGGUGUUAGACGUGCAAUGCGACAGCAGGGCAAUGUUCCAUCUUCAGUAAUAUCUAGUCACAGCAUGCACCUUGGUGUGCUGGCAACUGCAUGGCAUGCCAUUAUGACAGGAACCAUGUUCACUGUCUACUACAAGCCAAGGACAAGCCCGGCUGAGUUCAUUGUUCCAUUUGAUCAGUACAUGGAGUCUGUGAAAAACAACUAUUCUAUAGGGAUGAGGUUUAAGAUGAGGUUCGAAGGUGAAGAAGCUCCAGAGCAGAGGUUUACUGGCACCAUAAUUGGAAUUGAAGAUGCUGACCCGAAAAGGUGGCGAGAUUCUAAAUGGAGGUCCCUUAAGGUGAGAUGGGAUGAAAAUUCAACCAUACCUCGUCCAGAGAGAGUUUCAUCUUGGAAAAUAGAGCCUGCUCUUGCUCCACCUGCACUAAAUCCUCUUCCCAUGCCACGACCAAAGAGGCCGCGCCCAAACAUGGUUCCCUCUUCUCCAGACUCUUCGGUUCUCACAAGAGAAGUAGGAUCAUCUAAAGUAACGGUAGACCCUGUACUACAAGGAGGUGGGUAUUCAAGGGUAUUGCAAGGUCAAGAAUUCUCGACCUUGCGAGGCAGUUUUGUGGAGAGUGAGUCUGAUACAGCUGAAAAGUCUACUGCAUGGCCAGCUUCGGUUGAUGAUGAGAGGAUUGAUGCAGUGUCUGGUUCAAGAAGAUUUGCUUCCAGUGCAGAUAACUGGAUGCCCUCAGGGAGACAUGAGCCAACCUACACAGAUUUGCUCUCAGGCUUUGGUACUAAUGGUGAUGCCUCACAUGGUAUCUGUCAGCCCUUUGUUGAUCAAGCAGUAGCAUCUGCUAAUUCAAUGAGAAAGCAUUCACUGGAUCAGGAAGGCAAGUUUAACUUGAAUUCAUGGUCCAUGUUACCCUCAUCGCUGUCACUUAGCUUGGACUCUAAUCAGAAGGUUCCUAUUGGCAAUGCAUCUUACCAACCCCAACAGAAUGUUAGAUAUGGUGGAUUGAAUGAUCGUUCUGUUAACCAUGUUCAUAGAGUUGAGCAACCGCAAGGAAAUUGGAUGAUGCCUCCACCACCCCCAUCUCAUUUUGAGAGUCAAGCGAAUGCACGGGAAGUCAUGCCAAAGCAUAUGCCAGUACUGAAACAUGAGCCUGUUAAACCUAAAGAUGGAAGCUGCAAGCUCUUUGGCAUUCCCCUCAUAACACCAGAAACUUCAUCACAGAGACCUGGAAUGAAUGAAUCAGCUCGUCAUAACCAAGCACUUGCCUUGGAGUCUGACCAGAAGUUGGAAAAGUCAAGGGGACUAAAGUCAGUGGAUAAUUUAUUAGCUGUUAAUGAGUCAGAUAAACAAACUUCUCAGCAGCAUGCCAGAGAUGUUCAGGGUAAAGCACAAGGCUCUUCAACUAGGAGUUGCACAAAGGUUCACAAGCAGGGUAUUGCACUUGGUAGGUCCGUUGAUCUUACAAAGUUCAACAACUAUGAUGAACUGAUUGCUGAAUUGGACCAAUUGUUUGAAUUUGGUGGUGAACUAAUGGCCCCAAAAAAGAAUUGGCUGAUUGUUUAUACUGAUGAUGAGGGUGACAUGAUGCUUGUUGGAGAUGAUCCAUGGCAGGAAUUUUGUGGCAUAGUCCGGAAGAUUUUUAUCUACACGAGAGAGGAGGUUCAGAAAAUGAACCCCGGGACCUUAACGUCACUGGGGGAGGAGAACCCAGCAAUGCCUGCUGAGGGUGUGGAUGCAAGAGAGGGGAAGUCUCAGUGACCUUCCUUGAGCAUCUAUGCCUGAGAAGUGUUAGGACUGGUUGUAGGUAUGACUAGAUCUAUUAUUCGACUAGAGAUGCUUUAAGCCAUUUAUCACGGUUUCACUGGUGUUCUGUAGAUUUUUGGGGGGUGAUCAUAUUCACAGUUCUUUUGUCAGAGUGCUAUUAAACUAUUCAGAUAUAUGAACUAAUCGAGAUUGAUGUCAGCUCGUUUCUCUAUUGGACUUCAAGUUCACCUGAUACGUCCCGGGUAGAAGGCACGUGAUUUAUCCAGUUUUGGGCAUGUUUCUGGAGUUAGUAUCUUGAAUUGUCUGCGUUAUAUAGGUAUAGAUAAAUAUUAGUUACACCCUAGUUUCGAGUAAGGUCCUGUGAGACUUGCUUUCUCAAACAAUUCCACCUUGUACAGUUAUCUCCUUAUUUUCCUGCCUUGUAAUAUAAGUACGUGCGCAGAUUGUCUAAUUUUCUGCUUUUCGGGUUGAUGAAGAAAUUAUCUUUAAGUUUUCAGUU